CUCGCAUCGGCUUGUCGACGACCAUGAGAGAGAAAUCAGCCAGACCACGGGCGCAAGCACCUCAAGGCGCUCACAGCAUGGACAGCUUCAUUUCUGUCUUCCACGCCAGCAGUCUGGAUACGACACAAACUCCGUCAUUACCCCAAACACAAUCGCACCAACAAUCUCAGCAGCCAGCAAACAAUCCAUAUUGCUAUAUACCGGGGCAGUACUGGGAGUCUUUGGACUACUACGACAUGGCUAUGGAUAUAUGCACCGACUUUUCUGAUCUCAGUCAAAUACCCCCCUCCUUUGCGUCGAACAGCAAAGCCCUUAACUUCGCAGACGACCUCACGCCACUUGACUCUCCACUCGAUUUCGCGCCAGAGUCUUUCGGAAGUCCUGGCGACUCGUUGCAGCUGGCGCGUACCAACUCGGCUGUUCAAGAAAGCAUCGACACAGAGGCGGAGUGUUCAGGUCAGGGACGAUGCAACAGUCAGCAUCUUCCUUGCAAGAUCUGUGACAAGGACAAGAAGGAGAGGAGGAAAGAACAGAACCGAAAGGCGCAACGGAACCACCGAUUGCGCAGCGAGGCGAAGCUCGAGCAAUUGAGGGCAAGGGUCAAAUCGCAAUCCGACGAGAUUGUGAUGCUCCGAGACUUCAACCAAUCGCUGCUGAAGCACAUUGAAACCCUCGAGAGCAAAUGCAAGGACGGCGGCACGGCCGAUGCUACGGUUGCUGAGGAUGCGAACACCCUUCGACAGCAACCGUUGCUCCCUCCUUGACAGGCCUGCGAUUGGAUGCGAGUACGACCGAACACGAUGGACACGGCAGGCUGCCGAGUUGGAGCCUGAGGCUGAAUCAGGCAGCGUAGCUGACGAAGACAGCUCUUCGUCCCAGCUCUUCUCAGGACAAAUGUGCACAAGCACUUGGUAAUUCACGAAUCGUCAUGACAUAGACUUCUUCCCAGGCACACGGAGUGGCAAAAUCCUGGGUCAAUGGAACGGAU